CCCGGGACUCUGGACAACUUUACCACUCAGAGUCGAAGCUGCAGCGAGGACGAGUCCGCGCUUUGGAAACUGUCUGAUGGUGGAGAGUGAGAAGCUGCAGCUGCUGCAGGCCGCUCUAAAGGGCAUGUUACUGACGGAACCACAUCUCUAGAGAGGACUUAACUCAAGUCUGAUUCCAACUUGACUGCCACUGGUUAUGAAAAUCUGCACACCGAGACUGACACGGCAGGGGGUAAGAUGUUUGUGGAGUCAGUUGUCCGAUGGGGGGCGUGGAGCAUCCUGCUCCAGUUUGGACUGGGUGUAUCUGCAGGAGGCUGCCCUCCACGGUGUGUGUGUCGACCUGAGGCUAAAGAAGUGAUCUGCUCUGGCAAACAUUUGAACUCAGUACCAGAGGGCUUUUCCAGCGAUGCCAGGCGUUUGGAUUUAUCCCACAAUAAGAUUAAGACUGUGGGGCGCCGCCAGUUCUCCAGCCUCCUUCAACUUCAAGAGUUGGACCUCAGUGAUAAUAUAAUCUCUAUGAUUGAGGUGGAGGCUUUCCAGGGCCUACAAAAUCUCAGGACGCUUCGGAUUAAGAAUAACCGUCUCAAGAUCAUCCCAGUUGGGGUGUUUUCUGGCCUGUCCAGCCUGCGAUAUCUGGAUUUGAGCCAGAAUGAGAUUCUGGUCUUCCUGGACUAUACCUUCAAAGAAAUGGUGAACUUGCAAAAACUGGAAGCUGGUGAAAAUGACUUAGUUUUCAUCUCUCAGCGGGCUUUCUUCGGUCUGCAGAACCUGCAGGAGCUCAGUUUGGAUCGCAGCAAUCUGACCUCCAUCCCCACCGAGGCAUUGUCCCAGCUCCAGAGCCUGACACAUCUUCGAAUGCUGCGCCUCACCAUUUCUACACUGCCCAACAAUGCUUUCCGUCGACUCCACCGUCUGCGCAGCCUCCUGAUUGCAAACUGGCCAGCACUGGACACUAUGGCUAGCAACAGCUUGAUUGGUCUCAAUUUGACCUCUCUUAUCAUCAGCAGCUGCAACCUAAGUGCUGUUCCCUACUCAGCACUUCGUCACCUGGUAUAUCUGCGCUUUCUGGACCUGUCCUACAACCCCAUCACUGUUAUCCAAGGUAAUCUGCUGGGGGACCUCCUGAGACUACAGGAGUUGCACCUAGCAGGGGGCAGCCUGCUACAAAUAGAGCCGGGGGCCUUUAAGGGACUGGCCUAUUUUCGCAUGCUUAAUGUGACAUCCAAUCAGCUCACUACUUUGGAGGACAGCGUCUUCCACUCUGUGGGGAACCUUCAAGUGUUGCGGCUGGAUGGGAAUCCCCUAGCAUGUGACUGCCGACUUCUCUGGGUGGCCCGCCGCAGAUUGCGCUUGAACUUUGAUGGACAUCAGCCUACUUGUUCCUCUCCUGACGCAGUUAGACAGCGGGAAUUCAGAGACUUCUCAGAGAAGGAGCUCCCGAGGCUGUUCACCUGCCGCCCCCCUCGUAUUGUGGACCGCAGGCAGCAGGAGGCAAGAGUCGAGGAGGGCACCACGGUUCUUUUCUCCUGUAAAGCUGACGGGGAUCCAUUCCCCUCUAUCACCUGGAUCUCAUCCCACAAGAAUGCGGUUUCUCCAACAGGAAGAAUCAGAGUCUUGCCCAAUGGUACUCUCGAAGUGCGUUUUGCCCAAGUUCAGGACAGUGGCACCUAUCAGUGCGUGGUGAGCAAUGCGGCCGGCCGUGACAGCCUGACUGUCGACCUCUAUGUGAAGGGCCUUCCUCGUAACAGAACCAUCUCUUUCUUGUCAGAGGAGGGCUGGGUGGAGCCUUCAAAUCCCCAAGCUGCCAACUCCUCAGCUCAAAUGGCCAAGCCAUACCCGUUUGAUGCAAAGACUCUGAUCAUCGCCACCACCAUGGGCUUCCUGUCUUUCUUCAGCUCGGUGGCCAUCUGUUUUGUCUUCAUGUUCUUCUGGAGCCAGAGCAAAGGGCAAAUCAAGCACACAGCAACUAUAGACUUUGUUCCUCGGUCUUCCAUGGGUGGAGGGGGAGGGGACGGAGGUGAUGGUGGCAGGUUCACCAUGAAACUAAUUUAAACCGAAGGAAGAGGUGAAAGGGGUCUUGCUUUUGACUGUGACUUAUGUAAUAUGGACCCCGACCCCACCACCGCAUUGGGACAGUCUGGGACGGACACCUGUAUUCAAAGACGCCUUUAGAGGGCAAAUCCGAGCUACCGAUCCACCUAAUGAAUAUCUCAUGAUCCUGGAGUAGAAAGAUGUUAACAGAUUGUGGACAGAGCUGUCUCAUGGUAGAUGUGCUUUUGCUUUCAACGACUUUGAUUACUUUGAUGAAGCAAAUGACCACUUACCUAGCACAGGUCUAUUAUUAUGUAGCAUGUAAUCAUGAAAUAGUUUUAAUUUUCACAGAUUUUGGGAUUACACAAAAAGAGUUUGACUCAUUUAUCAAACGUUUCUACAUUGUCAAAACAUACUGUAUCAGGUGCUUCUCAUCCAUAUUGUACAAAUGUGCUCGGCUUUAUGUCUUCACAUGCCAAUACAAGCCAAGUGAACAUUUGCCCUUUUGACCCUCAGGUGGCUAUUUUUUGCUCACCAACAGAGGAUCAUGUUAAAGACUGCAAUAAUAGACUAGAAUAGACUAGCCAAAUAAUUGCGACCUUAUGGUUAAAUUUUGGACAUUUUGGAGCCGUGCAGUAUGUUUCAGAAAUGCUGCAUUGGAAACAUGCUUUCUGUUAUGGGUACGGCUUUCUUUGAAAGAUCAUUUAACAGUGUAAAAGGACUGGUAGCUUACCAUAAUGUACAUAGGAAUGUAACCUUUCCCAUUUCAUACUUAAAACAAAUUUGUCAGGUCCAAAUUGGAUCACUGUCUUUCUUUUGUACUUUAUCAUGUAAUUACAUUAGAUGACUCUGUUCCAUCAGAAGAUGCUAUGAUUUCUCCUUUUUUAUAUUCAAGAAACCACCUUUUUUAUUUUUUACCCACACAAAACACUGACAAAUAUGUGCCUCAGUAACAUUCUCACCAUUGACAGAGAGAAUGCUCACCUGAUCACCAUUAUCUUGUAAAUAUUUAGGUCAAGGGCGUUUGUGUGCGCUGGGUUUAUUCUGUCAUUUUAUCUAGUUCUGGGGAUUAGUGUCACUCAAAUACGCCACUCUUGUUAUGUAUAAACUUAACUGUGUAGCUACACAAUGCAUAAAGCAACUCUUUAUUAUGCCAGGAAAAGAAGAAUGAUGCACACA